AUGAGUUAUUCGUCUCCAUACGACUCAUAUUUUAGUACAGCCGAUAAGAACGUGACAUAUGAUGCGUUAACUGUAGAGCAGAAUCUUUAUUGUGGAAUAUGUCAGUUAAAUUUUCGCACGCGUAGUGCAUUAUUACGUCAUUUCAAAAGUUUAACACAUUUAAAACGUCGAAUUACACACAAUAAACAAAUAUGUUCUGCUAGUCUUUCUAAUUCCCAAAUUUCUGUGCCAUCGGAGGCGUCUACUGUUGUUGUACAAGAUGAACAAAAAGUCAUAAAACAACAUGUCAUCAUUAACGGAACAUUUGUAAAAACAAUGAAGAAAAAGUGUCAGAAACGAACAUCUGCAUCACAAAAGCGGGAUAAACAAAAUGUACCAAAAACUUUGAAAUCGAGUGCCCAUGAUGUGAUAUCAAUAACAUCUACAGAAACAGGUCGAUAUGUUUCUAACAAACACAAAAUAUCGUUAACCGGUAAAAAAACAAAUGAAGUAAUUGAUUGUGAUGGAAUAUCAUUGAAUGAACCGUUACAGCGUUUGAUUAUUCGAAAGAAGACAAUGCAAGACGGUGUAACCAUUUAUACGUGCACUCUAUGUGAAUUUAAAUGUUUUUCUAUGCGUAAUAUGAGACGACAUAUUCGAUUACAUACAACUUUUCGUCCUUAUUUGUGUACACCGUGUAAAUUAAGUUUUAAAUCCUAUGGAAAUUUUUCAAAACAUUUGAAAACAUUAUAUCAUAAUCAGAAUAUGAAUAGCGAAAAUAAGACAACUAUUAAUUGGGAUUACGUAGAUACCAAAGCACUAGAAAAACAAGGAGAAUUACAUUCCAACAUGAUUAGACCGUUAGCUGAAAGUAUUGAAUUAUAUCAAUCUAGUCCUAUUCCAACGGCAAAUUUUUCUAACGAAGAUGUUAUGAAUAAUGAUAUGACAAACAAUCUUUUAGAAGAUUUGCCAACGCCGAAUAGUCAUUUCGUUGAUGAUGAUAAAGACGAAUUAGCUUUAAUUGAUCCUGCUACAUUUGAAGAACUAAGCAAGGCAGCUGAAUGUUUAUUGAAUCUUCAAGGAUUAUUUUAUGAUGAUAUAAUGCCGAACUACACGAACGAAACCCAUGCAGAUUCACUUUCAUGA